ACAGAAGUCCUUUGAAAUAAAAAGACUAAACAAUAGAGGACGCCAUUUAUUUUUUCCGGCCUCUUUUUCGUCAGGGAAUGAAAAAGGACACGCUCCGCUUUAUUUUCUGCUAAACCCGUCUUGUACUCUAUUGAUCUAUUCUCUGCUCUUCUCGAUAUUGCUUUCUGGAAAACCGGAGAAGAGCCAUGGCUCCUGCCAUGAAAAUCGUAUUCGGCCUCUUAACCUUUGUCACCGCUGGAAUGAUCUUAGGUGCUUUGUUUCAGUUAGCUUUUAUACACAAGUUGGAAGAUUCAUACGGUGAGAGGCAACACCUAAGGUGAUAGGGUACUCAAUGGCAUUAGACAAGAGGCAAGGCACCAAGUUUCCAUCAUUGCGCAAAUUUCAAAAUGAUGGCUAUCUUCAGUUGCCCAGAGGUAUUCCUCAUUGGGAUAAUGACAAAGAAGCUGAAAUUUUACGUCUUGGACUCGUCAAACCUGAAAUAAUUAACUGGUCGCCACGGAUCAUUGUAUUACAUGAUUUUUUGAGCAAGGAGGAAUGUGACUAUCUUAGAGCCAUUGCCCUCCCUCGCCUUCAAAUUUCCACUGUAGUGGAUACAAAAACAGGGAAGGGAAUCAAGAGUAAUGUAAGGACAAGCUCUGGCAUGUUUCUGAGCUUUGAGGAAAAGAAGAAUCCAAUGGUACAGGCAAUUGAAAAAAGGAUAUCAGUAUAUUCUCAAGUGCCUGUAGAAAAUGGGGAGCUCAUGCAAGUUUUAAGGUAUGAAAAGGGUCAGUUUUACAAGCCCCAUCAUGACUACUUUUCUGACACUUUCAACUUGAAGCGUGGUGGUCAGCGUAUAGCAACAAUGUUAAUGUACUUGAGUGACAAUGUUGAGGGUGGAGAAACAUAUUUUCCUAUGGCUGGUUCAGGCGAAUGCAGUUGUGGUGGGAAGGCUAUGAAAGGGUUGUGCGUAAAGCCAAAUCAAGGAGAUGCAGUGCUUUUUUGGAGCAUGGGAUUAGAUGGACAGUCAGAUCCUAAUAGCUUACAUGGAGGGUGCGAGGUUCUGUCAGGAGAAAAGUGGUCUGCUACAAAAUGGAUGAGGCAAUCUGCUACCUCCUGACUUGUAAUAGCUUCUUCCUCCAUCCUCUAGGAUCAUGAAAAAUGAAGGUGCUUUCUUUCCAGAUAUCACCUGAUAUACAUCUCAAAAACUAGGGAUUAUAGAUUUUGAAUUGUUAAUUUUAAUAAAUUAGCUAAGAAUAGAAGGGUUAAGGUUAGGGUUAGUGUUAGCUUUCUAAAUCUCAAUCCAAUAGAAGAUUAGUUUUAGUUUCUUAAAGUAGAAAUCUCAAACAUUUCCUAUGAUGUGCCCAUGCCUUUCACCUGUUAAAUUUUUGGGCUGGUCAUAGCUGUGAGCUGGUUCAGAAAGGCCUUGGCUCUAAUCAUCUGUUCCUAGUUUAUCCAACCCAACUGGCUGGUCUGGAUUUGAAAAACUGUAGCUUGUGCUCAUGUUGGACUUGCAUUUAUAGCCAGUUGUAUUUUUCCA